AUAUUCUUCCAUCCCUAAAGAUGUCUUAUUGCAUUUUGACGUUUCACUCGCGGUGUCUGUUGAUUUUUUAUUACACAUUGUGAAAAAUCGGGUUCCACUGGACAACACCAGCGCUUUACUAGUGUAGAAAAUGUUAGGAUUGCAACGCAUUUCCGGAGGUGUUGCCGCACAGCUGUUUCGCCAUAUGCAGUAUGCUACAUACAGCACAUCAGUGCGUGGGGCCGGAAUAACAGCGGCGGCGGCAGCAACACCAAAGCAAGGCGACGUUUCGACGCCAACUACUGGCGAAAAGGUGUUAAGUCCACCACCCAAUGAUGCGUCUGAUGCUAACGUUAAAAAGCCGAAAAGUUCUCUGGUGGCUGCAGCUUUUGAAUCACUCAAAGAAGACAGUGGCAGUACGGACAUAAAGGUACAGUCUAAAACCUCAGGUUCUAAUGGAAGCAACAAUUUAGAUGAAAAAAUCCGUAACGCAAAGACGGUGAAUGGGUUGCUGUCUGUAUCCGAAUUAAAUGGACCACUUUCACGGAACCAUGCGUUGAAAAUUGUCUCCAUAUUAGCUGAGUGGAGCUCAAUAAAUCGUGCAAAUAUAGCCGAAUUUGAAAAUGAUGCACGCUUUCUGCGUGUUUGUCGUGUGUUAGGUCGCACUGUACCUAAGAGUAGCAAUGGAAGUGGUGCAGGCGCAAGUGAAAAUAACGUGUCCAAACGUAUAUCCGGGUUUCGUACUGAUGACCUUAACACAGUGUUAGGAGUCGCAGGAGAUGAUGAGGCUGCAAAGCUGAUCGCUAGUAUAAGUUUACCACAAAUGGUUAAAGUCAUGAGUACACUGGCGCAGCGGAGGCGAAGAAGCACACCACUUCUUCGUUCUCUUGCCUUUAAUAUUAGUAGCACAACAGAACAGCUGGAUCUGAAACAGUCGGCAGACAUAUUGUAUGCAAUGGCUAGUUUGAAUUUCCAGGAUUCUGUUCUAGCCGCAAAAAUGUGUGCCGAUAUACAGACAGUGCUCCCAAAGAAUACUGAGAAAUCUGCUGUCGUUGGGUCAAUUUUAACAAGUUUGGGUAUAAUGAAGUACCGUGACUUAGAUAUAAUGGAGGCUUUGACUCAAUGGAUACUAAAAAAUUCCGAAAUUUGUCGACCACAGGAUAUAAGUGCAUUGUUUAUUACUUCAGCUAUAUUGAAUUUCAGAACCACCAAUAUAGAUGAAGUUCGAAGAAAGUUGGUCACAUCUAUAGUUAGUGCGGAUUUCCAGAAAAGUAAUGAUUGGCUGAAUCACGUUUGGGCGCUAGCAAUGUUACGGCUUGUAAAUCAAGAGCAAUUGAAAACUGUUCUGAGUCCUGAAUUCAUUGAAAAACUUGAAAUUGAGCGCAAUGGUCUCUCGCCUACAAUUAAAAUGAAGCUAUUGAAUUUGAAUGCAUAUGCUCAACUUUUGGCUAGCGAUUACAAUGGGACACUACUGCCUUUAGAGAGUGAUGUGUACAAUUUACCAAUGGCACAUUCAAAAUCUAAGCAAGUUCUAGUUAACGGAAUGUUGGACGCUCUCAAAAGCUUGUUGCCAGCGAGUAAUCACAUGAAGAGUUUAUAUGACAGUAAAAUGGGAUUCCUAAUUGACGCUCUAUGUUUAUUUGACAACAAACGAAAUCCAUUAUCUAUGGAUAAAGAAAAUCCGAAUGCAAUCAAGGUCGCAUUGAUGGUUGUCGACUUUCAUGAUGUCUGCCAUGGUACUCAUCGAUCAGCUGGAGGCAUUACGAACCUUACCUUUGAGCUGUUGGAAAAAAGUGGAUACAAAGUCAUACCAGUUCCUUAUAAUGAAUUCAAUACUAGCGACAAGCUGCUGAAACGAGUGCAGUAUUUGGAAGCGAAGUUCAAGGCGAUAAUCAGUCAUAAAAUUGAAGCAUGAUUAUGGUUAGCUAUCUGAGUAAGGCACACUAAGCAUGCAUAUUUGUGGCUAAUACGCCAAUUUGUGAGCGGCGCAAUGGUUAAAAAAGUUUAUGAUUGACUUUUGCAUCGCGCUGCAUCAUAAGUUUAUCUAUCGCUUCUUCUGAAAUAAUCAAAAAAUAAUUUUCAUCUUGUUUAUCAUUUCUUACCAUCUUUCACGCGGAGGCGAUAAAAUGCAAUGUAAAAAAGUGUAGAUUUGCCGUAUCGAAGGAAGGUACAAAUUUAGUAAAUGUUAAAUUUUAUUUAAAAAAUAAAAUGUUAAUUUUAAAAACA